UUGGAGGAGCAACUGAAAAUCUCUCGUUUGAGUUUGGGAGCAACAAUGUCGGGUUUUCCCUUUGGAUCCUCCUCCUCUUCUUCCUCCCAAUCUUCAUCUCCAUUUUCGUUCGCUAACACUUCAUCCUCUUCUGCUUCACCUUUCUCACUCGGUUCCUCUCCUUCCCCUUUUGGGCCAACCGCAGCCUCCACCGGAUUUUCGUUGGGAUCAUCCCCUUCCCCUUUCGCCUCCUCCUCUUCUUCCUCAAACCCUAGUUCUUCUUCUUCCGCACCUUCUCUCUCUUUCGCACUCAACUCCGCCCCUUCCUCUGCUCCUUCUUCAUCUUCGUCUCUUUUCUCCACUUCAACCACUGCCUCUGCUUCGGCUCCGUCUCUCGGGUUCGGAUCUACCCCUUCAACUUCUGCUGCUGCUUCUUCGGCGAAUUCAUUGUUCAGUUUUAGUUCGGCAGCACCCAACUCAUCGAGUUCCACUCCAUUGCUAUUUGGGUCAUCUUCUGCUGCUCCAUCUUUUUCUCCUUCCGUAUUCGGGGCAAGUUCCGGAUCGUCCCUUUUCGGGUCAGCCCCAUCAGCAGCUUCCGGGUCGUCUCUUUCUGGUUCAUCGACGCCGUCUUUGUUUGCGUCAUCUGCAUCAUCUUUGAAUGCUACCUCAUCCUUAUUCGCUUCAUCUUCAUCUGCAGGGGCCAGUUCAGGUUCCUCGCUGUUUGGGGCAUCUUCGGCUCCAAGUUCUAAUGCCACCUUGUUUGGAGGGACGACUGCUGGAGCGGCGCCGUUUGGGCCAUCAGCUACCAGCGCGAGUGCGGGGUCAUCUGCGUCCAUCGCAGCUGCUGGGUCUUCCCUGUUCGCAGCUUCUUCGGCUUCUUCUUCAUCAACAGCUGUUUCCGCUGCAUUUCCUGCUUCAAAUUUGUUUGGUUCUUCUGCUCCAUCUUUUGCUGCUACCCCCGCUUCUUCGCUCUCGAGCCCGUUCUCUGCUGGUUCUACCCCAAGUUCAAGUCCAGCUCCACUGUUUUCUUCUUCUCCUUCUUCAGGCUUUUCCUUCUCUAGUGCUUCGGCAUUUGCUAAGCCGUCUACGCCCACUACUGUAACUUCUGCAGCCCCUUCGCUGACGACAUCGUCUUCUUCCUCCUCCGGCACAUCCAGCUUCUCAUUUGGAACUGCUUCCAUUUCUGCUCAGUCUUCUUCACCUUUUGGCAAUGCAGCCUCAGGAAGUUCAAUUGCUAGCGCACCUGCUGCAAAGACGCCUUCGUCACCAUUUGCAACCUCUGCGGCUCCACUAUUUUCAACAGUCACGACCACUUCGGUUUCAACCCCAGCGUCUAGUUCUACAACCCAAUCUACUUCUGCGCCUAUAUUUAGUGUGACUUCUUCUGCAAGUACAGCUACUACAGGAAUUGCUGCCGCUUCUGCUGCCUCUUCAGGCAGUGGAGGAUCUUUUACAGGCUUCAGUCUCACUAGCAGUACUGCUGCUUCUGGAGGUGCAAGUUCUACUUCUGGCUUCUCCUUCUCAACUAAGCCAUCGACUUCUGCCUCAUCAACACCUGCGGUGUCAAGCGGCACUGCACCUGUAUUUGGGUUUACCACUUCAUCUUCUGCAGCUCCAGCAACUUCUGUUUCUGGCGCUACUUCCGGACAGACAUCAUCAUCCCUGGUUGUAGCUUCCACCAGUGGAACCACUUCAACUGUCAGCACUUCAGUAACUGCUGCACCAAAAUUACCAUCAGAGAUCACAGGAAAGACUGUAGAGGAGAUUAUCAAGGAGUGGAAUGCUGAGCUGCAAGAGCGUACUGGGAAAUUCAGAAAACAGGCAAACGCCAUAGCUGAAUGGGAUCGCAGGAUUUUGCAGAAUCGUGAUGUUCUGUUAAGGCUUGAGAUUGAAGUGGCAAAAGUGGUUGAGACACAGGCAAACUUGGAGCGUCAGCUGGAGUUGAUAGAGACUCAUCAACAAGAGGUUGAUAAGGCUUUGCAUAGUAUGGAGGAAGAAGCUGAGCGUAUUUACAAGGAUGAGCGUGGUUUGCUUCUUGAUGACGAAGCCGCAUCCACAAGAGAUGCAAUGUAUGAGCAAGCUGAAUUCAUAGAGAGGGAAAUGGAGCAGAUGACGGAGCAAAUAAAGUCAAUUAUUCAUAACCUUAAUGCCAGCCAGGGUGGAGAACUUGAUGCUCUCGAUGGGAUGAAUCCAUUAGAUGCAGUCGUACAAAUCCUUAACAAUCAGCUAACUUCACUGAUGUGGAUUGAUGAAAAGGCUGAAGAAUUUUCUUCCCGCAUCCAGAGGCUUGCCAACCAGGGUUCUGUUUCAGAUCGAGAGCUUACAGGUCCAAGAUUCUGGAUGUCCUCUUGAUUUCUAGGAUUUAUAACAUCCUGCUAUUUGGAUUAAAACAAGAUGCACAUCAUCAUUAUUGAAUAUUGUAAGUGCUGAUUGCAAGCAAGCAAUAGGUUUUUUUUUUUUUUUGGGUUAACUUUUUAAAUGAAAUGAACCACCCUUACAGAAUGAUUCUGAUCAUAUGACAUUUUGAACUGUGUUUCUAGACUUGGUUCCUUUGAAGAUAGCAGAAUGGCUGUUUACAGUUUCACUCUAGUUAUGAGACUCUAGGUAGAGCUUCAUGCCUACUUUAUAGCUACCCAAUUACCAUCACCAAAUAUAUUAAUUGUUGGAUAAUUGAA